ACAGUCCGCAAGAAGGAGUCAGUUGAGUAAGAAAUAGUGUUUCGUUUGUGCUAUGGUGUCUGGUCUGUUGGGUACCGAGGAUUGUGGAUUUCGACAUUAAUUUUUGACUGUGCGAUGACGCUUAUACGAAAGUGACCUUCGAGUUGUGGUAUAAAAAUAGUAAGAGACGAGAUUAGUCGAUUUGUAAGAAAGCUGAUCUCGCGUUGGUUUGCGUGUUGUGGCAUUGAGUAAGUUUUUGGGCUGUGUUCUGAAGAAGCUGUUGUGAGCCGCGAAAAGGUAACGUUGAAUUAUGAGUGCUCGUGUAUUCAACCCAGUCGUCAUGUCUGAGAUGAAGAGGAUGUUGUGUGCAGGUAGCGCGAGUGGCGCCGUCGCUUUUCCAGAAACCGUGGAUCAGUCCCCUGCUCUCGUUGCGACUCGUCGCAGACCAGACGGUGCUGCAGUCGCAAGGGUGAGGCGAGUUCUUUUCGAACCCGUGGACCAUGAGGAUACACGUCAGUUUGUGGAAAACGAACUGGCAUUGCAGCAAGAGAGAGAUUCUGAACGCUGGGGGUUUGAUUUUCUGCACGAGAAGGAACGUAGUAGUGGCCCGGGUUCGAAGCGAUAUGUGUGGGAGAAGGUGACACCCCACGAGAAGAUUCCAGAGCCCUAUGCCCUCAGAGGUAUGGAAUAUCUCGGGAAAUGCGCCAUCGAUGGUGAUGACGCUCCGGCGCCAGCUGCAGCGACGACCGUGGUGGCGUCUGCAGAAACUACGAAGACGACCAAGCAGACGAGUAUCUCAGAUUUCCUGAAGGAAAGAAAGCGGACAUGCAGUGUAGCCAAAUCUGUGUCUGUAGGGAGGACAACAAUAACAACAACAACAGCAACAACAGAAGUGAAAAAGGCCAGAAUAAGCAACAGCUAGGGAAUUUGCCAGCACAGAGGGGGGCAAGAAAAGGAGACAGAUAGAAGAAAAAUGUAGUUAUCAGUAAGAAAACCCAUGUGACAAAAAGUAAAAGAUCUCUUAUCUAAAAAUGUACAAUGAUAUGUUAGUUUUGUUUUUGAGUGUAUAUAUAUGUACAACUUGAAACUUGUUGUAGAUAUAUGUACGUAAUUUAUUUUUAUUUUGUUUUCGUUUUUAUGUUAGAUUAUUUUUUUCACUCUGAUCUCGAACAGUUGUACAUUAUAAUUACCGCAUCACACCAUGCACUGGGAAGUUGCUAAGUGGAUGCCACAAGUUUGUUAUUUUAUUCAGUCAUUUCUAUGGCAUUUCAAACUUGUACUAUUUGGUUUUUAAAUCGAACCUUGGUUAAGAUUGCAUACUAUUUGGUUUUUAAAUGGAAUCUUGGUUAAGAUUGCUUUGUAUUUCAGUUUGGUAUUUAUUUCGAAAACUGCAAAAAAAUAUCUGCCUCAUGUCUCGUUCUCUCCUGAAUUGUGUUGUAGGUACUUGUACAUGUAAUUACAUAUUUUGUAAUUACAUGUAACAGACAUUUGUAAGAGAAAUUUUUAUUUUUCCAGCCCCUGUUAUUCUGAAACACAGAGGAAUUUUUUAUUUUGAUAUAUUGGGUGAUAUCAGCAAAUGGAAACAUUAUUUAUAUAUAUAUAUAAAACAUUCUGAUUAUCAAAUUUUAAGUUUAGAAAUACAUGGUCAUAUUUAUAUCACAUUCCAAAUAUAUAUGUUGGGAAUCUAUUCUUCCCUGUCAGAUCAGUUUUAUAUAUAGGAACAUGAUGAAUGUUUUGGUGAAAUCUUUGAUAAAAAGUUUUAUAUAUCCAAUUUAAUGAACUGUCCUACUUAUGUAAUUAAUAUAUACUUGGCUUCCAAGUUGCUCAUGUUCCAAGUUUUCUCUAGCACAACACAAUCUCAGUGUGUGUGUGUUGUUUCAUACUGUGUUUUGAAAUCAGAAUACAAUUUUGAGAAGUACACAGGCCACAUUACCACAUAUAUUGCUGGAGAGAUUGCUAGCUGUUCGUAGAUGUUAUGCCCUAACCUCUCACAUUCAUUGUGGCAUACCAUCCUUGCUGGAAAAUAAAAGUACAUACAUGACAGUAUGUAUCCAUGUGUAACACGAUUCUGAUUUUUAGAAGGAUAUCAUAUCAUGAUAUAUAUAUCCUAGUGGUUAAUAAUGUACAGAGAUGAUAUUGUGGGUAAGAGGCGGAGGACCUUGCAGCUCGUGAGUUUGGAACUGCUUGCUGGAACUUGUUAUAGCUAUUCUAUGAUUUAUACAUUUAAUAUUACGGGAUGGGCAGAUGGGAACCAUACAUAAGAGAAACUGGAAGAGUUUGUAUAUUGUUAAAUCAUGUGAAGAGCAGUCAUUAACCCAGAGUGAUGAGAAUAAAAUUUGUAAUAUCAUACAUUUUUAUUAGAAGAAUUUUAUGUCUAUAACCCAAAGAAAAUUUGAAGUACAAAAAGUGGAAAUAUUCUUCAGUUUAUUAUUAUUAAUUGCAAACAUACAAAGA